CUUCAUUUUCGACACCUACAAAAGAGAAUAAAUAAUGUCACUGCCCUUCAAAUGCACGCGCACAUAAUACAAAGAAUAAAUAAUGUCACUGCCUUCAUAUUGUAAGUUUUGUCAUCACCAAGGGCAUGAAGAAAAUAGCUGCAGAUUGAUGUUGAAAAAGAGAGGUUUUCAACAAGGUGAUAUUGAGCAGUUGCAUGGGGACAAAUUUGAAGGUGAUUUACGUCAAUUUUUGAAUAUAAAAAAGAAUAAAGAUGUUGAUGGUUGUGCUAACAAACCUGGGAAGGCUCAUGGUGCAAAUGGUAUAGCAGACAAGGUUGUGGAAAAUAUAGACGACCAGAUGGCUUUACAAACAACAGAAACUAGAGGAAAAGAUGCAGGCAAAAAUGUUGCUGCAGUAAUUUUUGAUGUUGUGCAAACUAAAAACAAGUUUGCAGUACUAAAGGAGGGUGAGGAUGAGGCAUCAGUAGUAGAAAUUGCUGAUGAUGCUACUGGUAGGCAGCUGGUUGUAGAAGAUUCUGAUGCUCAUGUGUAAAAGGUAGAGGUGUCAGGGAAACAGUUGGUGGAAAUUCAUAAGGGUACGAUUGGUACAAAUAUCGUUUCGAAAUACUCAAAGAAUCGUUGGUUAAUGCACCAGUUCAUUCAGUUGCACAAAAGGUAGCA